AGCUUUCGAGGGAGUCAGUAUAGCGUACAGCGUUUGAUGUUGCCUUCAGUGUUCAGUUAGUGUGAGGAAAGUGCCGAGUGGUGAGUGGCGUUAGUGGUGUUGUUUCGUGAGCUCUUAGCCAAAGUGCCUUACACUCGAAAUCCGCCCGCGAACAAUUCCCAGCGGUUCUGUAAAUUGUGUGCAUGCGGUGUUUAUCCAACACCUGUUUGACUAUAAUUACGAUAAGUGCUUCAGGAUUGUUUAUCGGAGAUUUUCACGGGAGUUUUGCAAUAAUAAGGCCACGUAACAUCAACAGCGGGUCAGCUGGUUGUGUUGGAGUUCGCAGUUUUCGAAAGUUCAUUAACUGUUAUACCAGCCGUUAACCGAGCUCGGCGUGACGACUAGAAUAUCAAAUGUAUCUUACUGAAUAAGUUCAUAUCAAAAAAGUGCAAUUAUGUUGCUGGAACUCGACUUCAGGAAAAGGAACCUAACAUUGGUUGGAACCUGCCUAGUUGGUUUCAUCGCAAUUAUCUGUGCCUGGAACACUCCUCUAGCAUUAGCUCUAGUCGUAGCAUCUUUAGUAUAUUUAAUAACGGGCAAUAGGCCUACUACAGUCUACUGCGUUUCUGUCACACUACGCAGGGACAUCACCGCAGCUGUAAGAUUCAUUAGGCUAAAUUACAAACUAAUAAAAUGGGAACGCGCACGAAAAAUAGUUCCGCAACUUUUCCGGGAGGUGGUUGAGCGGGAUCCAAAUAAAGCGGCCUUCAUAAUGGAUGAUAAAAAACUAACAUUCCAAGAUGUCGAGAAUUUCAGUAAUAAGAUUGCUUCAUACUUCAAGUCGAAGGGUUUUAAACGUGGUGACACUGUUGCCUUGCUCAUGGAAACACGUCCUGAAUAUCCUGCGAUAUGGCUUGGACUAUCUAAAAUCGGAGUCGUAACAGCUCUGGUGAAUUCUAAUCUGCGUAAGGACCCCCUUACUCACUCAAUAAAGGUAGCUGACUCCAAGGCUGUUCUAGUCGGCGCUGAAUUAGGGGAAGCUCUGAAAGAAAUAAGGGGGCAAAACAGAAUAAAGGAUCUUCCGGUAUUCCAAUUUUACGAUGAGAACCAAAAUGAUGGUUCCAAAUUUCCAUUAUUAGAGGGUGCAACUGAUUUAACCCUCGACUUGAGUAAACAUGAAACCCGAGACGUUACUGAAGAUAUUCUGGCUGGCAAACCCAAAGAAAAGAUGGUUUAUAUUUACACAUCAGGAACAACAGGUUUGCCCAAAGCAGCUGUUAUUACUCACUUACGAUACAUGUUCAUGUGUAUGGGAGCAUCUGAAAUGUUGGCGAUGCGUGAAGAUGAUGUCAUUUACAAUCCAUUGCCAAUUUACCACACAGCCGGUGGUAUGCUUGGAGUUGGGAAUGUCCUGCUACGCGGAACAACAAUGGCCUUGAGAAAAAAAUUCUCUGCAUCGAAUUUCUGGGCUGAUUGUAUAAAGUAUAACUGUUCUGUGGCACAAUACAUUGGAGAAUUGUGUAGAUAUUUGCUGGCUGUGCCCCAUAAGCCAGUGGACACUCAGCAUAAAGUUAGACUAAUGUUCGGAAAUGGUCUGCGACCACAAAUUUGGCAUCAAUUCGUGUCUAGGUUCAACAUAGAAGAAAUUGGAGAGUUGUAUGGCGCAACCGAGGGAAAUUCAAAUUUAGCUAACUUUGACAAUCAAAUUGGAGCCAUCGGAUUCGUCCCCUUGGCUGCAGGAAAAUUAUAUCCGGUUACCUUGAUCAAAUGCGAUGAAGAAACAGGAGAGCCAAUCCGAGGGGAGGACGGUAAAUGCAUCGCUUGUAAACCAGGGGAACCAGGCGUUUUCAUUGGCAAAAUCAAUCCCAGAAUAAGUUCCAGUGCCUUCAGUGGGUAUGCAGAUAAGAAAGCCUCCGAGAAGAAAGUUAUUCAGAAUGUAUUCAAAGAUGGUGACAUGUAUUUCAAUUCAGGAGAUAUUUUAGUACGAGACAUCUUAGGAUACUUUUACUUCAAAGACAGAACUGGCGACACAUUCCGAUGGAGGGGUGAGAACGUCUCCACCUCUGAAGUUGAGGCAGUCAUAACUAACAUCUUAUCCCUCAAGGAUUCGGUUGUAUAUGGAGUUGAGAUUCCUUAUGUUGAAGGUAAAGCUGGUAUGGCAGCUGUAGUUGAUGCAGAUAAAACCCUCGAUAUAGACAGCUUCUCGAUUGGAGUUCGAGGAAGUUUACCUCCAUAUUCGCGGCCACUUUUCGUUCGCGUUCUUCCUGAGCUACCCAUGACAGGAACAUUCAAACUGAAGAAAAGAGAUCUCCAAAGUGAAGGGUUUAAUAUCUACAAAAUCAAAGAUCCAAUUUACUUCCUAGACAAAGGAAUGUACCGUCCAUUUACUCCAAAGGAUUAUGAUGAUGUCAUGAAUGGUCGUGCUGGGCUUUAAGUAUCUAGUUACUGUAGAUAGGUUUUUUUACAAAUAUAUGAAUAUUUGAAGCAGUGAUAACAAUGUGGACAAAUUUUGUUGGGUUUGUAGAACUGUUAUAUGAUUCAGAGUUAUUGUUGAAUGAAUAAAUGAAACUGAGAUUUGUUUUACCCUU